GGUGCUAAAAGUGCCAACAGGACAUCUAGAUUUAGCUUCUAACCAUCAAGAACUGACCUUCCAAGUUCACAUUAAGAAAUAUUUCACAUGGGCCAGGUCCUGUGCCGUGAACUUCAGCCACCAGCUCCUGUGACUGGCUCUGUGACCUUGGGAGGUACUUGACCUUGGGAGAAAAAAAAAUUCUGAAAGGAUAACAAAUUGUGAUGUACACAUACAGUGGACUACUGUUCUGUCAUAAACAGGAGAAAGUGCUGAUACGUUGUGCUACAACAUAGAAGAGUUUGAAAACCUCACUCUGAUGUUAAAAAAAAAAAAAAAAGCUUUAGAAGAAGAUGCCGGACCCGAGGGCUCCCGGAAGUGCCAGGCCCGCAACGCGCUGAGGAGGUCGCCCGGAGAAGUUUGCUUUCCCGGAGGCAGGUGCGAACCGGAGGACGUGGAUGCUGUGGCCACGGCUCUCCGGGAAGCCCAGGAGGAAGUGGGGCUGCACCCCCGCCAGGUGGAGGUCGUCUGCCGCCUCGUGCCCUAUCUGUUGGAGAGAGAUACGCUGAUAACCCCCGUUGUAGGGUUUAUAGACCAAAACUUCCAGGCCCAGCCCAAUCCCGAUGAAGUUAAGAAGGUGUUCCUGGUGCCUCUGGAAUAUUUCCUGCAGCCACGGGUCUACCACCAGAGUCACGUGACUCUUUCUGGCCAUCACGUGGUUGUUCACCACUUUGAGUACAGCCAUCCUGAAGAUGGUGUCACCUACCAAAUCAGGGGAAUAACGGCGAGAUUUGCACUGUUGGUUGCCUUAAUUAUUUUGGAGGAAAAACCCAUCUUUGACGUUGAAUUUAAUCUCAGUGAUCUAGUUUCCUCCUCUGAAGAGAUCUUCCUGAAGCGUCACAAACAUGCUAUAAGCAAGUUAUGAUUUAUGGAACUGACAUCCAAAUAACUAAGAGUAUUUGGUGUGUGCUCAUCCACAAGAACAACAGUAACUCCAGCUGUUGGAAACGGACAGGUGCGAAUAUUUUUUUUCCACAGUAUGAAGGUAAAAAAAUACCUUGUCUCUUUCCCACUUGCCUUCUAUUACCCAAAAGAGCAAAAAGUCUUUCAAGAGUGGAAAAGUGUGAGGGGUGCUUGAGUGGUUCCGUCGGAUAAAUGUCCGACUUCGGCUCAGGUCAUUUUCUCGAAGUCCAUGAAUUUGAG